CACGACGCUCUACUUGCGGAACCGCCGCCACCAGUUCGGCCGUCUGGUAGUGGGAGUCGGCGUUCAAUGGAACCCUAGCAACGGAAACGAUCCUCCGGCGGACACUCUCCAGCUCUGCGUCGGCUCCCGCUGCCUGAUCUUUCAACUCUGCCACGCCCGCACCAUCCCGCUCAUUCUCCGGCGUUUUCUCCGGGACGAAUCGAACACUUUCGUGGGGAUAUGGAACGCCGCGGACGCGAAGAAGCUCUAUAUGGAGCACGAAUUGGAGAUUCACGGACUUCUAGAUCUGAGGAGGUACGUGGCGACGGAGGAGGGAGCGAGUCUCCUCCGAUCGCCGGUCGAAACGAUCGUUAGCGAGUGUUUGGGCUUCGAUGGGGUGUGUUUGGACAAUGAAAUCAGCGUUAGCGAUUGGGAUGAUCUUUAUCUGAGUCCGGCGCAGGUUCGGCAAGCAACCGUCAAGGCAUAUGUGGCGUUUCAGAUUGGGAAGAAGGAGCGUGCCUGGAGGUUUUGAUCCCCUGCUUUUGCUUCCACUCUAAAAUCUCUUUAAUCACCAAUUAAGGACUCCUAGUUUUCAUGUGAAUUCAGCUAUGGAUUGUUCUAGUCUAGAUAAAUUUCCUUUAUCUGCAGUUCUGUUUUUUAAGAUACGCCUAGUUUAUGUUGUAGAUAUGAUCUGAAGUUAACUAAAUGUCUCUCUUUUUG